AUGGUUUCUGAAGCCCCCAAGGAUUUGCCUGCGCGCCCUGCUGCGCAGGCUGAGGAAAACGCCCAAAACGCUGCUGCCCCGCCAAAAGAUGCCAAAAAACAAGCCCCCGCUCCCGACGUUCUCCCAGACUGGUUGAUUGAGCGUAACAAUUUCUUCGAAGAGCUUUGGCAACAACAUCUGGAGCAGUCCAAGUCCCGUCCGCGCCCUGAGAUCAACGUUACCCUCGAUAUCGGCGACGGUAACCCGUCCUCUGUCCCCGCAAAGGCCUACGAGACCACCCCCGGCUCUUUCCUUCGCGAUGUGCCUAAGGAUGUGAGCGCCGAUGUGGUUGUUGCAAAGGUCAAUGGAGAAUUGUGGGACCUGAACCGUCCUUUGGAGGGUGACUGCACGGUAUCUUUCGUUCCGUUCUCGUCAGACGAAGGACGAGCAACGUUCUGGCAUAGCUCAGCCCACGUUCUCGGCGAGGCCUCCGAGUGUGAAUUCGGCUGUCUACUGUCGCACGGUCCAAGCCACCCAAGCGGUUUUUGGUACGACGAAAAAUUACCAGGAGAUCGUGUCCUGCAUCCCUCCGACUGGCCUGCGCUUGAGAACAGGGCCUCGCGCAUUUUCAAGGAGAAGCAGAGCUUCGAUCGAUUGGAGGUCUCCAAGGAGAACCUCAAGAAGAUGUUUGCGUACAGCAAGUACAAGCUGCAUUAUAUUGACAAGCUUGUGACUGGAGAGAAGAGUACCGUCUAUCGCUGCGGUACUUUGGUUGAUCUGUGCCGGGGACCUCAUAUCCAGAACACGGGCAAGAUUAAGACUUUCAAAAUCAUGCAGGUUAGUGUGUCAUCCGUCACUUGGCCAAAAUAUGAAAAUAGUCAGCUAAUCAUCCCUUUUAUUCUCCGCCAGAACUCCUCCGCAUACUUCCUCGGUGACCAAAACAACGAUUCCCUUCAGCGUAUCCGUGGUGUCGCUUUCCCUGACAAGAACUCCAUGAAGGAGCACUUGAAGUUCCUCGAGGAGGCUGAGAAGCGCAACCACCUAAGAAUCGGCAAGGCCCAGGAACUGUUCUUCUUCGACGAUGCCUCCCCCGGAAGUCCUUUCUUGCUACCCCGCGGUACCUUGAUUUUCAAUGCCCUCCAGAAGCUGCUACGAUCUGAGUACCGCAAGCGCGGCUACCAGGAGGUCCAGACCCCGAACAUGUACGACGUCAGUAUCUGGAAGCAAUCCGGUCACUGGCAGCACUAUGCAGCUGAUAUGUUCAAAUUGGACGUUGAGAAGCGUGAGUGGGCCCUGAAGCCUAUGAACUGCCCGGGUCACUUUGUCUUGUUCGGCCACCGUGAUCGUAGCUACCGCGAUCUUCCUCUUAGGAUCGCAGAUUUUUCUCCACUACACCGCAACGAAGCAUCUGGUGCGCUGAGCGGCCUGACCCGUGUGAGAAAGUUCCAACAGGAUGAUAGCCAUAUCUUCUGCACAAACGAGCAGAUUGAGUCUGAAGUCGCAGGCUUGUUCGACUUUUUGGAAUCCAUCUAUGGGCUGUUCGGUUUCACCUUCAAGUUGAAGCUGUCUACUCGCCCUGAGAAGUACAUGGGUGACUUGGAGACCUGGAACCGCGCCGAGGAUCAGCUCAAGAAGGCCAUGACCAAAUUCGUGGGCAACGACUUGGUCAUCGAUGAGGGCGAUGGAGCCUUCUACGGCCCAAAGAUUGACAUCACCAUUGCGGACGCCCUCAAGCGUGAGUUCCAGUGCGCCACCAUUCAGCUAGAUUACCAGGCUCCCAUCAACUUCAAGCUUGAGUACGUGGAUAAGGAGAAGCCCAAGGAGGAGGACAGCGAGAAGGAGGAGGGUGAGGCCUCCAACCAACCCGCAGCUGGUCGGUCCCGUCCCGUGGUUAUCCACCGUGCCAUCAUUGGUAGCUUCGAGCGCUUCCUUGGCAUUCUGACGGAGCACUUUGGUGGAAAAUGGCCUUUCUGGCUCAGCCCUCGCCAGAUCAUGAUCAUUCCGGUCAUGCCCGCUCUGAAUGCCUAUUGCGAGGAGCUGCAGGAGAUUCUCCGUGCGGACAAGCUCAAUGUGGAGAUUGACAUCUCUGGCAACACUCUCCAGAAGAAGAUCCGUACCGCCCAACUGGCUCAGAUCAAUUUCAUCUUUGUGGUCGGACAGCAGGAGAUGGAGUCUCGCUCGGUCAACAUCCGCAACCGUGACGACCCGGCUACCCAGAAGCUGGGUGUAAUGGUGCCGCUUGACGAGGUUCGGGUGAAGAUGAAGGCGCUGCGUAAGGAGCGUCGGUUGGAGAACAAGCUGUAG